ACACUCCCAUGCAUACGCUUCUUAGCAGGACUUUAUUACUAUAUGCUUUCAGCACAGGAAACGGUUUCGGAUUUGCUGAUAUAUACCUCAGCCAAAUGCACAUUUCUAUGAAUUUUUAUUUCUCUUUUUUCCCUUUUAUACACAUACAUAGGUAUCAGAAAAACAUAUCCUUAUAUUAGGGAUACAUAUGCCCAGUGACAAUUUGUAUUUAGUCCUGAUAGCCAGAUGAGUGUCAAACAAUUUGGAGCAUCCAUGGAGCAGUUCUUCUGUCUUCUCACUGCCCUGAUUGCAUCUUCAUCCAUCAUCUCAGCAGGAAAGGACACAAACAUCUUAACCCCAAGUACGGCACCUUCAAACACAGCCACUUUGUCUCCAUGGCCCACUAUUUCAAGCACUGGUAGUACUGCCACCCCUGUUGGAACCAGCCUCUCUUCUUCAAAUAGCACAUCAGGGCAUUCUGUUACAACAUACUCCACAUCAAAAACAUCAAAAUCCUACACUGACACAACUCAAAAUGCUGUCUCAUCUUCAGUGGCCAGUAUAACAGGUGUUCCUGAAAUUCCAAAGACUUCAACUCCUACAAUUCAUUUAAUCACUUUAGGAGGAAUGACAGGGGGGACAGCAUCACCAACGCAGACACCAGACGACAGCCUCACUAUGCUUGCUUUUGGUGUGAUGAGUCUCAUACUCAUUUUAAUCGUUGUCAUGGUGAUCUUGGUUACCACUAUCAAUGUCAGGGGACGGUGUCGAGACACAAAUCAACAGGAGGGUAUUAAAAGUUAUAACUCUGUGGUGUCUGACAGCAACAUGACCAACAACUGUGAGAAAGAGAGCAUCACUCUAGUUUCUGUGAGGACAAUAAACCCAGACAAUGACACAGAUUCACCCCAGCUCUCUUCAGUUCGCAGCACUAUAGUAGACAAUGAAGAUCAAGAACUAAACAGGGACCUGCUGCGCAUCAAAUGCGGGCCUUGAUUUCACUUAAUUCACACAGAGAAUGACAACAGAUUAUUAUAGAUAUUUAUAAUGUUGAAUGUAUGUGAUUAAAUGUUCCUCUGGUCAAAGUGCUGAUCACACAUAGUCAACAACAUGCAUGACAUAGAGUGAAGCAAUGCCUAUAAUGUGACCCAUAAUAAUGCCCUCAUCCAAUAUAUCACGCCCAGACUUUCAUUAUUAAAUAAAAUGUCUGUUCUAUGUUUCUCA